AUGUUCGGCGGCGGCACCAUCACGGCAAUCAUCAUCGUGGCCAUCGCGGCCUAUGCGAUCGUCAUCUAUAACGGGCUGGUCCGGGCCCGCCAGAUGGUUCAGGAGGCCUGGAGCGGCAUCGACGUGCAGCUCAAGCGGCGCGCCGACCUGAUCCCCAACCUGGUCGAGACGGUCAAGGGCUACGCCGGCCAUGAAAAGGAGACGCUCGAGCAGGUCACCGAGAUGCGCACGCGGGCGCAGAACGUGCCGGCGGGCGAUGUGGCCGGUCGCGCCGCGGCGGAAAGCAUGCUCAGCCAGGCGAUUGGCCGGCUGUUCGCGGUUGCCGAGAGCUAUCCCGACCUGAAGGCCAACCAGAAUUUCGCCGAGUUGCAGGAAGCGCUGGAGACCACCGAACGCGAAAUCCAGAUGGCCCGGCGCUAUUACAACGGUUCGGCCCGCGAAUUGAACGUCAAGGUCGAGAGCUUUCCAUCCAAUCUCGUCGCCAACACGUUCAAUUUCGUCCAGGCCGACUAUUUCGAAUUGGACGAUCCGGGCGACCGCGCCGUUCCGCAGGUGUCAUUCAACAGUUAG